AUGCCUAGUCAAACUCAAGUUCCUGCAUCCGCAGAGUCUGGUAUAUUCACCCGGCUCGAGAAAUUGCCGAAUACCUACACUUCAGACAUCAGCCUGCAACGGAUGCUAAGAUGGUAUCUUCCUGCAGAAACCCUCAACUUGGUCUUUGCAUGGAACGCCGACGCAGAGACCAACCUGCCGUAUGUCAAGAAGUACAAUGUCUGGGGUCAGCGAUAUGGAUAUGACAAACUAAUCACGACUGAGGGAUGGAAGCAGCUGGGAAAGUGGGGGGCUAGGCAUGGGGUUGUUUCGCUGGGAUAUGACCACACUUACGGCGUCGAUAGGCGGACUGUUCAAUAUGCUGCUGUGUAUCUAUAUGCCCCCUCAUCAUCCAUGUACAGAUGUCCGAUGAGUAUGUCCGAUGGAGCGGCAUUUAUCUUGUCACAACGCCUCAAAGACCUGCCAAGUGACCAUAUUUUGCACACAGUCUUUCGGAGACUGACCUCCAGAGGAGAGGACUACUGGACAUCCGGCCAAUGGAUGACGGAAAGAGCAGGCGGGAGUGACGUGCAAAAUACAGAGACCUGGGCUACCUACGCACCCUUGCCCCAAGGAUCAAAAACAUCUGACGUCCUCGCCGAGGGCGACUACCUGAUCAGCGGAUUCAAGUUCUUUUCCUCCGCAACAGACGCCAAUGUCGCAUUUCUCUUAGCCAAGACAGCAUCUGGGAAACUGAGCACAUUCAUCGCGCCACUGCGGAAGACGUCCAUCGGACCUGAUGGAAAGCCCGAAGAAGUUUCCAAUGGCGUGCGCAUCCACCGCCUGAAAAACAAGCUUGGUACCAAGGAGCUACCCACAGCUGAGCUUGAACUGAAAGGCAUGCGCGCUCACCUAGUCGGUGAACUCGAUCAGGGAAUUGUGACUAUUGCCCCAUUGUUGAAUACCACCCGUAUUCAGACGCUUCUUGGAACACUUUCAACCUGGCGUCGUGCUAUUAGCAUCACAAAGAACUUUGCCAGGUCACGUAGUACUGUUGGCGAGCCCUUGUGGUUGAUUCCAAUGCAUCUGCGGGUUCUUGCAGAUGUGGAGGUCAAACAUCGCGGUGCCAUCAAUCUUACCUUCUUCACAAUUGCAGUGAUGAGUCUGAUUGAGAAUACGUCCAGCUCCGCGAGACACGCACACAUGCCCAAGGAUCUUGCCGAAGCAAAAGUCGUCUUCCGGGUUCUCACUGCCACAUGCAAGGGUGUUGUCAGCAAGAUGUCGAUGGUGGGCGUCCAGGAAUGCCAGGAAGCCAUGGGUGGAGUCGGGUAUAUUGACGAACCAGACGAGCCUGAAUUCAACAUCUCGCGCCUUCUCCGCGCUGCAGCCGUCUAUCCAAUCUGGGAGGGUACCACGAACGUCUUGGCUAGUGAAUUGGUACGCUUCCUGAUGAAAGGAAAUACCCUUUCUAUUCUGUUAGGGUGGCUCGAUCGUGUCCUGUCUUUGAUCCGCACACCGGCUCUCGCGGGCGCAUUGAAGGAGGCUCAGAUCUCUUUCCUCUCUCGAGUCUCACCAACUCGUCCGCGGGCAGCGUUGCUGGCUGAUGCCCGGAGAAUUAUGUUUACUUUCGCCUGGAUACUUUCUGGGGCUCUCCUGGCUUUGGAUGGGGAGCGUGAUGGAGAUGAGGCUGCGACGGAGAUUGCUCGCAGGUGGAUUCUGCUAGGUGAGGGUGGUGUGGGCGAGUUUGCCUACCGGGAUAUUGUCAAGCCAUAUGAAGCCUUUGAUUCGGUUUCGGAUAGUGCUGACCAUACGCGGUUGGAUUGUAAGAUCGCUUGGGGGGUUGAAUUGCCUCCGAAUGUGGUAUAUGGCCAUCGGUCUUUGAGCGAGUCCGCCAAACUAUAG